ACAGGACAUAUAACGUUGUUAGUGUGGCAGCUGCACCAGAACAGUCAUUAAUGCCGCCACCUAGUACAUACCGUUCAUCAAGAAUAUUGAGCCCUUCACUGCCCGAUGCAUCUCAGACGCAUUUAAAUAGAACAACCAGUGUGCAUCCUCCAUCGCCCUUACCACUUGAUGCUUCCUUUGACUUUACCCAUCACCAAGAUGAAAAUGAUGACCAGGAGAUUGUUGAAAAUUCCAUACAAGAGCCGGAGUUGCCUGACACUAUUUUACCAGAUGGUCCACCAACAUUUGCCAUCAUAGAAAAGGGGACACAAAGAAGCAACUUAAAACUGGUUAGCAGUGACGGUUACGAAUACACAAAGAAGAUGUCAAAAGGCGAUUUCACCUACUGGAGAUGUAUUAAACGAUCUAAAGGCAGUAAUUGUCCCGCUACUGUGUCACAGAAGGGAGAAAAUUUUAAAAGAAACCCUAAACCCCACAUUCACCCAGCAGACAAGGGGGCUUUGAAAAAAGUUCUAGUUCAUAAAGAGGUAAAACAGACAGCACUCCAAGACAUCCAUAAACCUGCUGGUCGUAUUGUGGAUGAUGCUAUGCUUCGUCAUAUAGAACCAGAAGACCAUCAGCUGCCAAAUCAAAACAACCUAAAAAGAACGGCAAACCUUGUCCGAGAAGAACUUAGGCCAGAUGAACCAACCUCAUUGUUUUUCGAGCUCGAUACAGAUUACCUCCAAUGUGACAACUUUUUGAUUGAGGACAUCAGAGUAGACGACCAGCGUCACUUGGUAUUUUCAACGCCCGGACAGUUACAACUUUUGAAGUAUGCAAAGAAAUGGUUUUGUGAUGGAACCUUCAAAAUAAUGAAAGACCCAUUCACUCAGCUAUGGUCCAUCCACGCCUUCAUUAAAAAGGGAGACAGUUUGAAGCAGGUUCCACUGGUCUUCGUGCUUAUGUCUCGAAAGAAGACAAGAGAUUACAAACCUGUUCUUGAAUGUUUGAAGAGGAAGAUUGGUGUACUCCAUGUGGAAGGGUUUUGCUUGGACUUUGAAAAAGGUGCUUGGAAAGCAAUACGACAUAUCUUUCCAAAUGCAAGCAUCAAAGGUUGUGCUUUCCAUUUCGGUCAAGCCAUUUGGCGGAAAGUUCAAGAUUUGGGACUGAAAACAACUUACAGCUCAAGAGGAGUGGAAUAUAGAUACAUCCGUUGGCACACACGAAUAAAUUCAGGGAAGUCGAAUGUGAGCUUUUAUGUCCUUAUACCAGAGUUAAUGAGAGAAGCUGAGAUCGUGGAUCUUACUCUACGAUUGGUAUCCGAGGAACAGGUUCUCAGACAUCAGCGACGCCGUUUUAAGGAUUUGGAAGGCCGGCUCCACCAGUUCUGGGAAGAGUACGAUAGUGGCGAAAAAACCGUGACACAAUUGUUAAGGGAUUGCAGUAAAGUGUACGGCCCCUCAGAUGACUAA